AUGCAGAACUGGCAGCCAAAUGGCCAGGCAGGCUCACCUCAGGGCCAUAAUAACAUGUGGUCGGGCUCUUAUGGGUUUCCUGAUGCAUCAGCCCAGUUCGAUGCGUCUCAAAAUUGGCAGCAUCAACUUCCCAAUCAAAAUGCCUUCUCUCAUCUUGGUGCCCGAGGUAAUAGUGCUGAGAACAAUCUCUACGCCUCGCCUCAUCAAGCUCAUGCCACUGUGGCGGCGACCGAGCAUAACAGCAUAUCUGCUCUGAACCACGGCAACUUCCACAACGGUCACGGCCAGUUCUCGUUGGAUACGCCUUACACUGACGCCGCGGAAGAGGAUGCGCUGGCUGGUCUCAACGACUUCCCGCAGGACAUAUAUGGCCAGCCGGGGAAAGCAGACUUCACGGCCAACAUCGACAACUUGAACCACGGCCACACGCCUGACUUUACCCAGCAACAAUUUCAGUACAACGGCCAGGCCAAUCAGCUGUUCAAUGGCAAUGUACCCCAAUACAAUGAUUCUCAAUUGAUGCCUCAGCAUGGCCACCAAGCACCAGCGCAACUACAACAGCGUUUCGAAUCGGUCCCUCAGUCCUACUCGCCUGCGUCCCAGGGCUAUGUUCCAUCACCACAACAACAUCAGGCCCAGCCUGAAAGAGUCUUCUCCCAGUCGCCCCAUCCCUUCCAGGCUCAACAGUCCCAUCAACAGAGCAACCAGGCGUUUUCCAACCCGACUCCGCCUCCCUUCCAGCAGAACCAGGCCGCGCCCUACCAGCAGCAUAAGUUCGUCCCUCAACAGAUGACAUAUACCCAGACUGCAGCGAGGCCUGCGUUCCAGCCCGUCGCUGCGAAACAGGUACCAGACCAAGAGUCAACACUCCAGUGUACACCUCAACCUUUGUCUCAACAACAACCUGUCCAUCAAGCCAAGGCGGUGCCCUCACCAGCUCGCCCUAUUCAACCGCAACAACAACAACAACAGCAGCAGCAGCAGCAGCCGCACCUACAGCACAUUGCGGCGGCUCCUGCUUCUCAGCCUAGCACGCCAACCAUCGAGCCAACCCUUCAGCCCGAACCCUUGAAGAAGCGUAAACGUGUAACGAAGAAGGAUGGAGAGGUGGAUCGGGCGGAUUCUCCAAACCCGAAGAGAGAUGACGAUGGCGAAACUUUGGUCUUGCCCUCGAGUACCGAAGAAGAGAUCGCAGCCAUGGAGAAGUUUAGAAAACGCAACGCCGCAUCCAAGAAACAGUUCCCGGCCAUCCCCGGUGCAUCAUUUCUCGUUUCUUCGGGCACCGUCAAACUAGCCGCGCCCAAAAGCUACGACAGACUUGCGCCCCUUGUUGCUUUGCCAUCAACCAGCGGACGACCCAUUCUUCCUGAACUCGGCCGAGACCUUCCUUGCGAGAUUCAAGGCAGGUUCACCGACAGAUAUAGACCAUCCAUGAACUUUGUUGGACAGCCAGGGGAUCGGGAGGCGGAGGCCAAGGAUCUUAUUGAGCAAUACGGACGCGAGAUGGGGGACCUCAAAUCUGGCCGGCCUAAAUACUCGGAAUUCCCUUUCACAUUUCAGGAACAACUGAAGGCGGAUGAAGCAGCCAAGUCCAAAGCCCAGAGGAAAGCCCGUAAGGAAGAGGAGGAAGAGCGAAAACGGCCCAUCCGUCCUGAGACACGGCCUGCUGAUCCUGUAGAAGCUGCCGUAUGGGACAUACUGGGCAUUGUCUAUAUUGAUCCUUCGGCCACCAGAACGACUUCCCUUCUAGGUACUGCUGUACAAGGCCUAGGUGAAUUCCUUGUCAAGCUCAGGUCGGAGGUGAACCGAUUGAAACAGGAGGUCGACCAGGCUAACAAGGAAAAGAAAUCUGCAUCGGUUAUUGAUGAAUGGAAUAGUAAGAUGGAUGUGAAGAGGGAGAUAUUCACUAGGGUCUGCGAGGCGGCAGCCAAGCACGGCGAUGAGGCCGUGUUGGAGAACUUUGGUGGCCACCAGAAGGGCAUACUGAGCUUGGUCAACAUGCUAAUUGGCUGCAUCAAGGCAGCUGACUUCAGCGGACCCUUGCCAAAGGCCCUUCUCCGCUUCAUGUCCAACAUCAGCGUACACAAAAAAGUCGCAGAGGCUGUUAACCUUGAAAAUGUCCGAAAGCGGUUUGCGGACAAGGGCGACGACGAGGUCAAGGAACUGGUUCGUACGAUCGCGUCUCGAAUCAAGAAGGAUGUGGAACCGAUCAACGGCACCGAAGUCAAGAAGACGCCGUCGGCAGCCACAGUCAGCAAGACACCAAAGCCCGCUGCGAAGCCACUUGAUGGCUCCCCCGCAAAAAGAGCGCGCGACGAUGACAGCGACUCUCGCACUGUCAAGAAGGUGGCCACCGAAUCAGCGAACAAUGGUCUGGGUAACAAGCUGGGGUCAAAACCUGCCGGAUCCCUUCAGUCCAAGUUUGGCGCUACAAAGCUUCGCCCGACAGCUUCAACUUCUCUCGCAGGUAAAAUCCGAGCCCCUGCGCCCAAAUCAAGCGCAAGAGAUCCUGUCAAACCCGAGAUUUCGAGGUUUGAGGGAUCAACUUCGUCCGCAAUGGACGUUGACAAGAAACCGGCGCCAUCCGCGCCAAAGGCUGAGCCGAAAGUGCCUGCCACCAAGUCCGUUGCAAGCUCAAGCCUAGCCUCUUCCAGCAUCGCCUCGCUGCUUGACUCCAUCAAUACGCCUAAGGCGGACGGUCCCUCUACGCAAGCGAAGGACUCUGGCAAGAAGGAAAUCUCAGAGACUCCUGAAGAGAAGGAAAAGCGACUUCGAAAAGAAGCUCGCCGCAAGCUUCGCGUUAGCUGGAAACCCGAGUCGGAGCUGGUGCAGGUUCGCAUCUUCCACAAGGAAGCCGCUGAAGACCAAAACAACAUGACCAAAGAUGCGGCAGAUGAUCGAUCUGAGGGAAUGAUGCUCAAACAGCGGUCCUACAAUGACGAUGAGGAUGAUGACGAUGAUCUGCCAUACAGACCCUGGGUCAAGCCGUCCCUUGCGAAUCUGUCCGCGAUUCCUCAGGACUACCGCGAUAAGUCUUUCGUUACUCGUGGAGGUAACCUGACCUUCCAUACGGAGGAACAGAAGGUCACCGAAGAAAGAGAGAAGAAGGAGCUCAUGGUUACAUACAUGGAUAUCUCGGACAUCCCGCCAACACCUAAAUCUCCGCCGCCCGAGUCGGCAACGACCACCCCUGACGGCAAAAUCUCCCAGUUGCCUCAAGGAGAACCAAAGUACGACGAGAUCCAUAAACGGUGGAAGGAGGCACAACAGUUCGGCUGGGAGGCAGCAGCAUACUAUGCGCGCAAACGCCUUGAUGCCCAGAAUGAUCCCGCCACGAAACUCAACUCGAUCUUGGGCAACCUCAAGCCAAUCGCUCCAGCAGUCGAGCCUGAGCCAUACAAUAUGACCCCACCCAAGGAAAACGCGCAACCCAUCCUGCCUAAUGCUGCUGAGAUGCAGCCUGUUCCGGUCAUUCCGUUUGAUGACAAGGUCUACGAAAUCCUCAUCUCGGACAAGGUAAAGAACUGGCUGGAUCCCAAUCCCUUCAAUCCGACAGCACCACAAACCCAUCGACGACAUGAUUUCUCCGACCCGACAACACAAACGGCCGCCGACAAUGUAGAGGAGGUAGCAGAGUCGUUGAGAGGACUUCCAUAUCCCGCAACGAGUCCGCCCGCAUGGCUUGCCAACAACCAAGAGAGGGUAAGGGAGUGGUGGGCUGGAUACCAGAAAGACUCUGCAUCGAGAGCAAAGAAGGAGGCAGAUGACAAGGCUCGCGCAGAGACUGAGGUUGGGACUCAGGAACAGCAACAGCAGCAGCCAGACGCGAUGACGCAAGAACAGAAAGACGCUUGGGCUGCCUACUAUAAACAACAGGAGCAGCACUAUGCCCAAUAUAUGGCCAUGCUUCAGGGCGGCCUACCGCAGCAGCCGACUCAACCUACCCCAGCACUUGCCCUAGCAGGCGAUGCUCAACUCCAGGCCAUCCUUGCUCAAAUGAGUCAACAGCCGGCAUCCCAGGGCAAUGUGUACGGGCUCAACCCACAAGAUACCAGCUACCAACAGUUGAUGAUGCUCGCUCAACUUCAGCAGCAACAACAACAACAACCACAGCAGCAGCACCAACAAGCUGCCCCGCCCCCGCCCCCGCCAGUUGGUUCACAGUCUCCUCCUAAUCAUGACCAAUCCUCAUUCAAGCUUCCGCAGCGACAGUUGGUUGAUUACAGCGAUUGGGACACUCGGGACGACUCCGAUCAACAAGGUGGGCGUGAGCGUGAUAGGGAACGCGGCCGUGAACGCGAGGGCAAAGGUGGCAAGCAGGGCAAGAACCGCAAGGGCAACGCUCCCGGUGGUGCCACUCUCCCUCCUCAUCGCCCAGUUAACCGCGCCCUCAUCGGAACUAAGCCUUGCAGCUUCUGGCAGCAAGGCAAAUGCGCUAGAGGUGACAAAUGCACAUUCAGACACGACACCUGA